GGCGAAUUCAGAAGAGGGCAGCCUGUCUACAUGGCUCAGCUAUGCUCUCAUACUCGCACGCCUGCACCCGCCCUGACGAUGUCCCCGACGAUGUCCCCGACGCCCCUGACGAUGUCCCUGUCCCUGCCCAGAUCUCCAGCAGUUCGCGGCGCUACUGGCGCACAAGCCACAUCACUUUCCGUUGCUUGAAUUCGCGAUCUGGCUUGAACUCGCUGAACCACCACCACCAGCCAUGAGAUCCACUGCCGUGUUGGCCCUGCUGCUGGGCAUUUUCGCGGCUUUUGCUGCUGCCUGGUCGAAAGAGGACCAUGAAAUCUUCCGUCUGCGCGACGAAGUCAUGAAGUCGGAGGGCGCCAAUGUCACCUUCUACGACAUGCUGGGCGUCAAGCCCGGCGUGAACCAGGACGAACUGACCAAGGCCUACCGCAACAAGGGCCGCGAGCUGCACCCCGACAAGGCCCGCAAGGUCUUCAUCGCCAACUACUCGAAGAAGAAUGCCCAAAAGGCGAAGGCGCCUGGCGCCAAAGCCAGCAAGGGGCCCUCGAAGAAGGAGAUCGACGCCCACAUGAAGAAGGUCACCGCACGCUACCAGAAGCUGUCUGUCGUGGCAAACAUCCUCAAGGGCCCCGAGCGCCAGCGCUACGACCACUUCCUGAAGAACGGCUUCCCUGCCUGGAAGGGCUCCGGCUACUACUACGACCGCUUUCGCCCCGGCCUCGGCUCUGUCCUGGUCGGCGUCCUGAUCGUCAUGGGCGGUGGCAUGCACUGGUUCGCUCUGCACAUGAGCUGGAAGCGCCGCAAGGACUUUGUCGACCGCUACAUCCGUCACGCGCGCAAGACCGCAUGGGGUGACGAGACUGCCAUUCCCGGUAUCCCUGGCGUCGACGCUCCUGCCAACCCCCCUAUCAACUCCCAGCAAUUCGACAACGACGAGGAGGACAGCGAGGAGAAGGAGCCCGAGUUUGUCCCCCGCAACCGCCGUGAGGCGCGUGCCUGGGAGAAGGACCAGCGCAAGAAGGACAAGAAGCCCGCGAUCGCCAAGAAGGCCCGCGCUGCUGGCAUCAGCACGCCCAAGGAGGUGGAGUUGAUCUCCGGCCCCCAGGGCGCCAAGAAGCGCAUUGUCGCCGAGAACGGCAAGGUCCUGAUCGUCGACUCUGUUGGCAACGUGUUCCUUGAGGAGGAGACCGAGGACGGCACCAAGGGCGAGUUCCUGCUCGACCCCGAUGAGGAGCCUGCGCCGACCAUCUACGACACCAUGCUGUUCAAGCUGCCCAAGUUCAUCUACAACCAGUCUGCGGGCCGCGUGCUCGGCAAGAAGGAGCUCAUCGACGAGCCCCUGCUGGAGACGUCCAACCUCCCUGAGGAUGAGGCCGCGCUCCAGUCCGCGACCGCACAGAACAUCAACGGCGAGACAAGAAAGCGCAAGGCCAAGGCUCAGAGCCGUGCCAGGUAGGCUGGGCAGUGCAGGGCGAGUAUGAACAUAUGCGAGUUGUGCGAAAUAUGGGAAACGUGGCGAAAUAGUGGCUUCUUUGGAAGUGUGUAGGAUACGAUAAAAAGCAACGCGUGGUUCUGAACGACACGCCAUCCAUUGUUAAUCUCGCAUGUGAAAUAAAGCCACAGUGGCUGAACCCCAACCCGCGUUCAGCCCUACGUCAUCGCAACCCCAACACCACCUUGCCU